CGUCCGACUACGCAUGCACCACGGCCACUACGCUACUCACGCAAACGCGCUCUGACGUCAUUCCGUUUGCCAUGCGUGCUCCUCCUCGCCCGCACAGUCAUGGCGCCAUUGAGCCGCUGGUAUUUUACCCGGGAGCAGCUAGAACGCAGUCCGUCCCGGCGAGCUGGACUGGACGCCGAUAAGGAGCUCUCGUAUCGGCAGCAGGCGGCAAACCUCCUGCAAGAUAUGGGCCAGCGGCUCAACGUAUCACAGCUGACCAUAAAUACAGCUAUUGUAUAUGUGCAUCGUUUCUAUAUGGUUCAAUCUUUCACUCGAUUCCACCGUAACUCUGUGGGACCAGCUGCACUCUUCUUGGCAGCAAAGGUAGAAGAGCAGCCUCGGAAAUUGGAGCAUGUAAUCAGGGUGGCACACGCAUGCUUGAGCCCGUUAGAACCUGCACCUGAUACCCGAAGUGAGGCAUACCUGCAGCAAGCCCAAGACUUGGUCAUUCUUGAGAGCAUUAUACUGCAGACCUUGGGUUUUGAGAUAACGAUUGAUCAUCCGCACACACAUGUUGUAAAGUGUACACAGCUUGUCAGAGUUUUGUGCUUCUCUACAGCAAGCAAAGACUUGGCACAGACAUCAUACUUUAUGGCAACAAACAGCCUGCAUUUGACCACUUUCAGCCUCCAAUACACUCCACCCGUGGUGGCUUGUGUCUGCAUUCACCUGGCAUGUAAGUGGUCUAAUUGGGAGAUUCCUGUAUCGACAGAUGGGAAGCCAUGGUGGGAGUAUGUGGAUGUAACAGUCACGUUAAAGCUGCUGGAUGAAUUAACUCAUGAAUUUCUUCAGAUCUUAGAGAAAACUCCUAAUCGCCUGAAACGAAUCAGAAAUUGGAGGAUUAGUCAGGCUAACCAAACCAGGAAACCUAAAGACGAUGAAUGUCAAGAAGAGUCUGAGGAUAAUAGCUUUUCUGAAGAGACAAUUCUUCGAAUGUUCUCUCAUAGUGGAAUGUUAAAUACUGAUUCCCUUUCUGAUUCAUCAUCUCAGCCACUUUCGGUUACAAAAAAUGAUGGGGGAAUGUCGGAAGGGCAGUGGGGGUGUCAGCUACAGAGCCAGCGGGAUCAGCAUAGAACUGGCGAGCUUAUAACAUCUGCAGAACAGUCACAAACACUCGGUUCCAAACCAGUGGCACUUGCUAAAAUGUCUCUGAAGGAGUACCGAGCAAAGCAUGCAGAGGAAUUGGCAGCACAAAAACGCCAGCUGGAGCAAUUGGGUGCCAGCCUAAAAGAGCAAUACGCUUCUGCUGCUCAGAACCUGUUAAUACAGCAGCAGAAAGAACGUGAAAAAGAGGCCCAUGCCUCUCCUAUUAUCCUUAAGAUUCCAUUGCAUGAAGUAAGCCACAAACGCUCUGAGAAAUCUUCCAGCCUCAAGCUUCGGCUCCCUGUUACUAACCGGGAGAAAUCGGAGGAGGGAAAAAUACGGAUUAAGUUGCCAAAUGAGGACAGCAGCAAGAGUAGAGAUAAGCACAGAAGUAGUACAUCUUCACAUCACCAUCACAAUAACCAGUCACAUCGUCAACACCACCAAGAUCCAUCUGGAAAUAACAGCAGCAAACGUUCUUUACCUCCCCCGGUAUUUUCGACACACAAAUCAUCAUCAAAUUCCCGAAAACGUACUACCACAGAGGAAACCGCAGGACACGAUCCCCCUUCUCACAAAGUCAGCAGGACCUCCAAAGCUUCCACACAGGAACCUGCUGUUCCACACUCAUUAAACAGAGUGAGAGGUAAACCAGAAAGGGAAUCUUCGGGAACCAAUGGUCACAGCGUCAAUAAAGUAAUUGAUUAUCAGGACACAGUGAACAUGUUACAUUCACUUCUUAGUGCACAGGGAGUACAACCCAUGCAGCCCCCUCAGUAUUUAAAUCCAUUUGGGGAUUUUCGCAGGACACGGCCUGGUAACACUGAUGAUUCCAGAGCUCCCCCACUUCCUGCUGAGCCACCCCCCCCUCUUCCGCCACUGCCAAAGUGAUAUAAGUUUUAAACCUAUUGUUUUAAUGUCUAGAAAGGUGAAUUAAUUUCCCUGCAUUGUCUGAACUAUCCUAACCAGCACGCUCUCUUUCUUUUGCUCUUCCAUUUUUUAUACCAAACUAUUCCUUGUGGUUUUGUUCCUUCCUAAACAGUCUUACCCUAUUGUGUUUCCCUAAUUUUUUGCAUGUCUUAAAUGAAAUGAUGUCACUUUCUAGGACUUCAAUCACUCACUUCUCUGUCAUGUUAUAUUUUGUUUGUGUUGGUGUUAUUUCUAUCAAACGGGUCAUAGUUUUAAAAAUGUACUAUAAGAAAGCAAUUGAGAAAUGUUACAAAAGUGUUGAUACUAAGCUUUUUGCAAGCUGAAAGUUACAGGUACAUUAUAUUUAUAGUGUUAUCUGACUAUUUUUAUUAUGCUUUAUUCUUCCUUUUAACUGUCAGUAUCAAACUUUCAUCUCAUUUAUCUAUGAAUGGAGAUUGUUUGUUUUUUCCUCUGGUGGAAGUCUUAUUUAUAGCUAAUUUUAGGCUAGGGCAACAAGGUUGCAGUGUAGUCGCUGACCCAAGUAUGUUGGUCAGCCAGGGUGUCCAACUGUAACUGUGCUGUGUUUGGUAGGCAUCCCUGGAUAUUAGCACUCAAAGGCAGCUAAAUGAGAGCCUCUCAGAAAACUCUGCCUGCAGUAUUCCAUGGCAAGUAUGUCAGCUGACAUCCACAGACAUCCUACCAUAGAGGAACCUAUAGAGCUCUCCUAAAGAAAGUCUUGGCCCAGGCCUUACUUUGCCAGUCAGUUUGAUAAUCAUUUGUAUAAUUGUUUGAUUAAAUCACAAUUUAAAGGAGAAGGAAAGGCAUUUUAAUGCCGAUAGAUUAGCCACAUCAGUGCCACCUAGAAAGCUAUAUUUAUUCUGCAAAAACCUUUACCAUACCUGAGUAAACAGCCCUAGAAUCUCCAUCUGUUUGCUUAAGACAGCAGCUGCCAGUCUCAGGAAGUGUUGCAGCUUUAGCAGUUGGUAGCUCACAGAUCUCACAUUCUCAUGAGAAGGGGAGUGAAUUCUUUUGGGAGGUGGAGUAGGAGAAGGGAGAGAGGAGAGAGCUGCCUGCUUAUGGUUGUAUUUACAUAGACCUUUCUGAUAAAGCUUACUUAGUUAUUACCUUUCCUUCUCCUUUAAAUAAGCUUUUUAUCCCAAUUACUUAGAUGCUUACGAUAUAUUGCCCACUUACACCACAGUUUUUUUAUAGAAUUUUUUUAAAGCAAUGUUAAAUGGGAAAUAGCACUGGAAAUUGUUAGUCAAAUACAUUAUUUCCUCCUUUAAUGCCCUGGGCACAUGUAGAGUUUAUGUUGUUCCUUUGCUUAGUGUUUCAUAGGUGAAUUUUGUCACUGCUAGUCUGGUGAGUAGCAUUCAUUAACCUGCAUUCACUUGCCUGCUGGUAAAAAUGGUUAUGACCAAAUGGCUGUUACCAUUUGCUUGUGUGACUGUCUACAAAGGGUUUAUAGUCUGCAGAGCAGAUAUAUGUGCAUGUAACUUCCUAUGAAGUGGCAAUUCUUGUUGAUAGUAGGAAUCAAGAACGGCUCACAAGCCAUUUUCAGAGACACUCACCUAUGUGCCUUACUGUUUGGGCUAUAUGUACAUUCUGGUUUAAUUGUCUUCUAAAGUGUAAGAGCAACUCUCAAGUUACAUUAUUUAACAUUGGCUGCUUACACUACUGCAAUAGUGAGGAAUAUUUCUUACAUUUUUGUGAUCAUAAACAGCACAUACCAUUUGUAAUAUCUAAGUUUUGGUGAUCUGAAUGCUGUGUGUAUAAUAUUGUUUCUGUGUAAUUUUUCAUCCAGCCCUUUGAGCAGUGAAUUGUUAUUCAGAUACCUGAAAAAUGCCUAAAGGGAGGCAUUUUCUUGUUUUUACCAACAAAUCUAGAUUAUUGAGAUCAAGAAUUAGCCUUUGUUUGACAGUGUUUCUUAGGUUCCUCUAACUUGUUUUAUCUUAAGAGGGGAAUGCUUGCAAUUACAGCUGAACUCACAGCAUCAGUCCAAUAAGAAAAGUUUUAGGCCAAUGACACACAGGGCAUUAUGUCACCAGACGUGACUGUUCUGUGAGUGUUCAAAACAUACCUUUCUAUUUUGGAUCAUGGAAGUCACAUGCUCUGAACAAGUCCAAUUUUAAUAAAAUGCAGAAUAAAGCAUUUCCGUGCUAAUAUGUGAUUGGACUGGUUUGGAACAGUGAACCGCAAUACAAAGGUAUAUUCUCCCAUUUUGUCACCUAUGCCACAAAAUUCACUCAGUACCAUUGCACUUAGGGGAUGCAUUCGUUAUAUCAGUUUGCAGGCCUUCUGAGACUUUGGUCUUGGGGUUACUUAUGUGCAAAUUGCUAAUAUAAUUUAUUUCAGCUGUAGGGAUUUGGACUGCAAGAUAACAUUUUCUUCUUAUGGUUCUGUAUUACAUGGAAUAGUAGAUGCUUCUUACAUGUCAGUAUGACAGACUUGAAUAUCAAUUAAAAUCCUUAAUUAUUAAUGAAAUAAUUAUUUUGACAAAUAUAUAAAUUAUUAAAAUACUUGAAGACCCCCCAGUGAUAAUGUGACAGCCAGGUUUCUCUUCAGUGUUGGACAUAGACAGCAUUGGGGGCUUGUGAUUGGGGUGUGGCUGCUGUCUAUUACUCAAAUUUAGAUAAGCUUUCCCAGGACCCCCAAGCCCACAGAGUUCCUUAGCAACCCAACAAAAAUGUCCACAUUACUUUCUCUCUCUCUCUACCCAUUUUAUAUUCUUCAAUCAAUUUAGCCCUUGUUUCUUUCACCAUUAAAGAAGGAAUGGAAAACAUCUGGGCACUGGGUAUUACUUUUUUUGCGAUUGGUAGACAGUAGCUGGUUGAGCAUUUCACUUUGUGUCUUGUAGUGCUUUCACUAUGGUUAAAGUGAUAUUGACACAUUUAAAGGGACUUUAUUAUAUAAAAAUGUAAAUACAAGUGAAAUUAAUAAAAAAAAAGGUUUUAUUUACAAAUGAAAAUUUUAAAAAAAAGAUUUUAAUUAUAGCUUUUAAUUUGCAAAGGGAAUAUAUUUCACUCUGCAAUCCUCUGUUUGUAUAGCAGACAAUAAGGCAUGCUGAGUGUUUUUUUUUAUCCAGAUUAAUGAUAAUUGUAUUAUAGACUGGGGAGAAAAAAGGGAGCCUAAACAGUAUACAUUUUAUUUCUUUUUCAUAGGGAGUAUGAUUGUGAUAUUAAAAAAAACACAUUUAUUUCAGACUGAGCUAGAAAGGCUUUUGUCAGAUGUGGCAGUUUCUCCAGUGGCUAAAAAUCAUAUUUUUGUCACUCGCACAUGCAGCAUAUUUUGGGCAGAAAAUGCUUUUGUGCAUUUUCUGAAGUAAAUUUGCCUUGUGUGCACAGUGACAAGUAAUUCCCGUUCCUGCCCGUGCUACGCAAACGGGGGUAGGGCGGUAUAUAUAUAUAUAAUAUUAUAUUAUAUGCUUGUGCCUAAGGUGGCAGCCCUUGGGUGCCAAUAUAUUUGAUAAAAUUAAAAAAAAAGCAAAGAAACCCAUAGCUGCUGCCAGAUGAUACCUGGGCAAAUCCAGCUGCAGAGCUGGUGGGAUGAGGACGCAAUGUCUUACAAUAAUUAACCACUUUCGGGAGAAGUGACAUCACACCUAGGGUGGUACCAGAACUAAAUGCAGCCCUGCAGCAUCCAUACACUUAUUGGUAUUUGUAUGUUCAUCAUACAUACCAAUACUAAUAAGGGUAUGUAAGCCCAAUGAUUCCCACUGAUAUCCAUAGAAGAUUGGGCAAGUCUGAACAUCUAAUCUCGUAAUGUAUGAUGUACUGUAUCUGCCGAUUCAUGGUGCAUCAGCAGUAAAGUCAGGAAGAUUGUAAAUCAGAUUACAAAAUGAUUGCAAGUUUGCCAAAUUUUUCCUCAGCAAAGUUUUUUUUUUUUUUUUAAUUAUUAUGGCCAUGUGAAAGUUUCAUGAAGGAGGUGUUGCCCCCAUAUAAAAAAAGUAAAAAGGAUUGGGGAUCUUUCCCAGUAGUUAUAAUUAUUCCCCUUUAAUUUACCUAAAAGGCUUUGUGUGGGGUUUUUUUUGUCUUCCAUUGGCUGAUCUGAAUGAUGUAUAAUCUCUGUAAAAGUCUGCGGAAAAGUGUUGGCACUAUAUAAAUAAAUAAUCAGAUACAUGAGAAAUAGGGAUAUCAUUUUUAAGAAUUUACUGGAAAGAGAUUGGGUCAUGACAAUAUUGUGAAAUGCUCAUCUGUAUGAAAGUAAUGGGCAGGAUAAUAUUAGGUUUUCUGCAGUACUCAGACAUACGUGUAUAGAACUUUAAGGAAACAAUCCAAAUUGAUGUUUGGAAUACGUUAGUUCAAGCUGGUAAUUACUGCUUAAUUAUCAGCCAAAUGAAAGAACAGACUGAUCAAAAAAGCUUUCUUACCAAAUUGUUAAUAACAUUGGUUAUCAUUUAUAACUAUCAACAUUUAUUACAUCUCCUCUGAAUUCAGGAAUUCAUAUUCAGAGAAUUCUUUCUGAAAAAACGGCACUUUUCCCAGGGCAGCAAAAAGCCACCAUCAAAGGGGUGCUGUACAGCAUUGUGUCUGAUGUGACGAUGUGACGGGCAGUAGCAGAAAUGCCACUGAAUCGAUCCACAAUAAUGUUUAGUGAUUCCAGCCCCCCAUUCAGAUUUUUAAAGGUUAAGUAAACCUUUAUAAUAAGUGAAUGUAACAUUGAUGAGAGUGCUAUUAUAAGCACUUUUGCAAUUUACAAUUUUUUUUCAAGAUUAAGAGGAAUGAGUGCUGUUAAUUUUUCAAUUUGAAUAAAUUGUUACAACAGUGCCACCUACUGGCCAAGGGCUGAUCUGUUGUUGUUCUGGUAAGUAAAACCAUUAGAAACCACAGAUACCUUUUCUCUCAUCUUUUCUAACCAGAAGAGCAUCAUAUCAGCUCUUUCUUUUACCUGACAAUUUCCUUGACUAAAUUACAGUUGGAACAGUGGCACUGUUGUAGCAAAAUGCAUUCAAAUUAACAGUACAUGUCGCUCUUAAUAUAUUUGAAUCUUGAAAAAAAUGAAUUUAUUUAAUUUGGGAAAAGUGCUUAGAAUAGCACUUGCAUCAAUUUCACAUUCACUUAUUUUAAAGGCUUAUUUAACUGUUAACAUUAUUAUUUGUUUGGAUAGAACCCCCCCCCCCCCCCUUACAGUUUAUAAAGAAUAAGUACAUAUACAAGGUAUUGUGGAGAUUACAUUUCAGCAAGACACUGGCAUAAAUAUUACAUGGCAUGGAGGUCUCUGCUUGUAAGAGCUUAAUCGUAAUAUAAGGCUACUGAAGCUACAGAAGCACUGAAUAGUCAUGCUUGAGCCAAUAUUUACACAGGUUGUCUAUAGGAUCGGCAAGCUCUGUUCUCAGAUACCAGUUUAAAGUUUAGUAUGGAGAGGUGAAGAAUGUUACAUUUUAAAAAAAUGUCAAAUAGAAAUCUUAUGAGAAAUGUCUGAAUCUUGUUAGUUUAAACAUACUAACAGUUCAUUUUUUUAAGGUGAGCAUCCUCUUUACUGUCAUUUUUCCCUGGCUUAAAAAAUUACAGUUGAAUUGGUGCUUUCAGGCAGGGAAAUGGUGAAUUAACCAAUAUAAAAAUGCUAGGACUGCUCACUUCCUACCCAGUGUCGUUCUUUAGAUUGUAGCAGCAGGUAUGUUUCUUAAAUAACACAUUGGAUUAUGUUUUCCAAGCAAACAUGAAAGCGAAGAUUAAAAAGGAGGUGUUUAUAAGUAAAUAUGUAUAUAUUAAUGUAUGUGUAUGUGCAUAUGUUAAAUAUUUAUCAACAAAUGUGGACCGGACAGUGCACAGUGUAAAUUAUAUUUUUAAAUACAUGUAGUUAAAGGAUGUCUAUGCAAAGUACAAAUGGAUUUAAUGAGACUGAAACAAAGUGACUGUACAGGUUUCAAUCAUUGUUUAAACAAGGAAAGGAGUCUGCCUGAAGCAAAAUCUGUCAAAUGCAAAUAAAAAUCAUUUGAUUGAA